ACAUUUCUCUUGAAAGAAAAAUAUUGAUCAUACGUAAAUAGAAUUUCAGUAUCCGUAUAUGUUCCCAUCAAUUAAGAAGAGCAUUAGACGACAAAAGCCGAAGAUCAGUUUCCUUGUUCUUUUUUCCCCGGACUUCUUGUUUAAUCAGAAACCACCCCAGAAAAUUCCAGACCCCGUCACCGCGAUCUAUACAAAGAAACAUCAAAAACCCAGAAAAAUCCCCGCUAAAAUUCUUCAAAAUCGAGCAUAUACAUUUUAGGAGACUACACUCAAUAGGACUAAAGACAGAAGGUGAUGGGAGGGGAGAGAGAGAGAUGACGGGGUGGAGCAGGAGUUGAGAGGAAGAAAGAAGAAAGGAGAUGGCUAGAGCAGAGUGGGCGAAUUAUCAUAAUAAUAGUAGCAGUGGUAUUUAUAAUAAUGGGAGAGGGAAAUUGUGUUCGUACAAGAGAAGCACACUUGUGGUUUGUUCAAUCAACAUUGUUGUUGCCCUUUUUGUGCUCCACUCCCUCUAUACUUCUCUUUACCGGUAUCCAUACAACGAUUCAACAAAUGCAUUUAGGUAUACUUCAGAUCAGAUUAGUAAAAUGAAAGAAUCAAUUAGAAUACGAAAGGAAUCAGAACCUACAGAGCUUAUAAAAUUGGUAGAAGAGCUAAAGAAAGAAUUUUUACGGGAAGAAAGGGUGGUAGAAGUGCCACUUUCCUUGAAACAAAAGAUAGCAGAUGAGCUACUGCUAAGAUUAAGAGCCGUGAAUGCUAGUGGCAACUCAACUGUGCAGCGAGAGGCAGUUGAGGGUUGGCGAAAGGAAAAACUAAGAGAAGUAAGACUGUUGACUCGUGGAAAGCCUGCAAAUUCGACUUUUCUGCCUGAAGAAGCUGGAGUGCUUGUAAGAGCUUUAGGGUCUGGUUGGGCUGAGUUUUCAGAAGAAAUUGGUUUGUGGAUACCACUCCAAAUCAUUCAUGAAGAGCAUGAUGACAAGCCUGAGGGUGUGGAUGACCUCGACCGUGAAAUUUUGCCUGGACGGCAACUUCCACCCGAAUGUCAUGCUGAACUCCAUACAGAUUAUGAUGGCGCUGCUGUCAAAUGGGGUCUUACGAACCCGAAAGAAUCGGCAUAUGAUUGUUGUAUGGCUUGUUUAGAUCAAGCUAAAAUGGCCAAGCCAAAUGAGAAGAAAUGCAACAUAUGGGUCUAUUGUCCAUCUGAGACGGGUUGCUAUUCACCAGAUAUUUAUGAACACAAAAACCAGGAGUGCUGGCUUAAAUAUGCUGAAGAACCGAAAUUAAAUUUUAAGGACAGAUACCCUGACUCUUAUAGAAGUAGCCACCGGAAUGUACCGGUUACUGUUGCAUGGGUUGCAGGUGUGGUUAGUGUAUAAAAUACGUAUGUUAUUGAAGUGGCAAUUGCCUGAAGAUCUUCUAGACAGCUGCAAAUCCCUGAUGUGGCAAAGGUGUUACUAGUUGCUGAAAUGCAGAAGACUGGUGGAGGAUCUGCGAACCCUGCUUCUCAUUCACAAUUCCAUUUUGUCUGUUUUCUGGAGGAAAAUGAAGUAUUGGUUGGGCAAUUGAUUUUUUGGUUUACUUUGGUGGUUAGCUUAGUUCGUUUGCCCUUUGGCCUUUUAAGUUGGGAUAAUCCAUUCCACGAAUGGAAUGGUUUGAGAAUAGUGGAAGAUACCACAAGGUGGCCAUGAUUGUAAUACGAGGAACUGUUUCAUUUUAAUUCAGAUCUGAAGUUGUCGGAGCUCAUUGUUGUUACUGGUAGAAGUGAAAAACUGGUGUCAUCGCAGUAUGAAGGCUGUCAAAAACUGAAGUUGGCAAAUGAUCCUCAAGCUCCUGAAGUUGAGCUUGAAACCUUCAACCUGAAGUUGAGCUUGAAACCUUCAAGAAAGUUUGUUUAUCUGUUGAUCUUGCACUUUGGCAGUUGCCCUGAGUUAGGAUCUGCUUGCUUUACCUCAAAUGUAUCAGCAUUUCCUUAACUUUACCAGAAGACAUCGUACCUCCUCCUGUGCUCCGUUCCAAGUAAUUCUACAAAGGGGUUUUGACCAAA